CUGGGUCCCGAAGCGAGAGCACCGACUGCCGCCGUUGCCGCCGCUUUCCCCACCCCCCUCUCGCGCCGCUCCCCCCCUCUACCACCCGACGCGAACCAACGGGGACAACCAACUGUUGCUGGCGCUCUCGACGACGACCUCUGCCGCCCCCCUGGCCGCCCACCCCUCCCCCCCACCGCUGCUGCUGCUGGAAGAAGACCGAAAGAACAGACCGACGCCUAGUAUGAAGUGAUCUCCAUUAACACCAUUUUAACGAGCGUGGGGGAGUCAGGCGGGCGGCACGAUGGGAGCGGUGGGGGAGUGGCUGGACAACUGUCGGGGGUCGAGGAAGCUCAUAUUGGUCAUCGUGGCCAUUGCUCUGCUCCUCGACAACAUGCUGCUCACCACCGUUGUGCCCAUCAUCCCGAAGUAUUUAUACCAGAUUCGUCACCCACCCACCUCCUCCCCACCCAGCCCCUCCCCCGAAGAGGCCUCCCUCCUGGCCACAAGCCCCCCGCCCAUCACCACUUCAGUCGCCCACAGCAAUGGUUGCGAGCCGUGUGUCUGUGGCGGGGACCGGCUGUAUGGUGACCAACGACCGGAAGACCUCCCACCUCCCACCCCCCCUACCACCACCCAGCCACCCUGCGCUAACCAGUCCCCCCCUCCCGCAGAUCCAGGGAAAUCUCCGCCGGGAACCAUCUUCCUCCGAAACUCGACCGGACCCGAAUACCCACCUCUGGCCUCGUCGCCCUCGGCUCCGCCGAGGCACCUGACGGGAUCGGAGGUCCUGGGCAUGAACCACGAGGACCUGGUCAACGAGAACGUCGAGGUGGGGCUCCUGUUCUGCUCGAAGGCCUUCGUCCAGCUCAUCACCAACCCCUUCAUCGGACCUCUCACACACAGGAUUGGCUACAGCAUACCCAUGUUUGCAGGAUUUGUUAUAAUGUUCAUCUCUACUCUGAUUUUUGCAUUCGGGACCAGCUACCGAGUUCUCUUCAUCGCCAGAGCCGUGCAGGGCAUUGGGUCUUCUUGUUCUUCAGUGUCAGGCAUGGGCAUGCUGGCAGAGAGAUACCCGGACGACAAGGAGCGAGGAAACGCCAUGGGCAUCGCCCUCGGAGGCCUGGCCCUUGGAGUGCUCAUCGGCCCGCCCUUCGGAGGUGUCAUGUUCCAGUUCGUCGGGAAGUCGGCGCCCUUCCUCAUCCUGGCUGUGCUCGCUCUGGGCGACGGACUUCUGCAGCUUCUGGUCCUCCAGCCUGCCGUGGUGAGGCAAGAGGAAGUGGCCCCCACCCUGGGAGAACUGUGCAUGGAUCCUUACAUCAUCAUUGCUGCUGGAGCCAUUACCUUCGCGAACAUGGGCAUUGGCAUGCUGGAACCUUCCCUACCCUUGUGGAUGAUGGACACGAUGGGUGCCCCCGAGUGGCAGUUGGGGGCGGCCUUCAUCCCGGCCUCCGUCUCCUACCUGAUAGGGACCAACCUCUUCGGUCCUCUUGGGCACCUCAUGGGACGCUGGCUGGCCUCUCUCUUCGGCCUCUGGAUCAUCGCCAUCUGCCUCAUCUUUAUCCCAAAAGCCACCUCCAUCAACCACCUCAUCGCCCCAAACGCUGGCCUCGGAUUCGCCAUUGGGAUGGUGGACUCCUCCAUGAUGCCCGAGUUGGGCUAUCUCGUCGAUCUUCGUCACUCUGCUGUCUAUGGAUCUGUCUACUCCAUCGGGGAUGUCGCUUUCUGUCUCGGUUUUGCCAUUGGUCCAGCCCUCUCAGGAACGCUAGUCCAGACCUUGGGCUUCGAGUGGAUGCUCUACGGUAUUGCCAUAAUCAACUUCCUCUACGGACCCCUCAUGUACUGCCUCAAGUCUCCUCCUGCUAAGAAUCACGGAGAACGUCAGGGCCUGAUAUACGGGGAGAAGUCGUCCGUGAGGUACGUCACCUACAAGAACGAGGACGAAGAGGAGAACUGAGAGGGCGAAACAGACUCGCCCUGCGGGGUCUCAGGAGGUCGCCCGUUCGGAAUGACCUUGCUUCAGACGGGAUACUUGAUAGAUUUACAGUGGGACGGAUGUCCGGGCGCUUCUUUCGUUUGUGUUUGAAAUUUAGACGUUCAAUGUUUGAGGGAGGAGAUGUGUAAGACGACAGCUCUCGACCUCACACAGCUGGAACGAAGCUGUCCAGUGCGAUGCUACUUUGAAGAGUAUUUGUGUGUGGGUGAUGAGUAGGGAUUAUUAAUCAGCAGUUCCAAGGUUAGUUUAAAAGGUUUCGACAUGAUGACAUGGGGCGACGAGACGCCAGUGUUGAAACGCCAAUCGCUCCAGCGAGAAAGAGAGAGAUUCUGAGCCUCCUUCUCGAAGACAGGAGCUAAGAAACGUAUAUCCAAAGCUCGAAGGAGCUUCGUGGGACAUACACGAGAGAACCGAAUACGGAAGGGAAACUCACACACACACAGACUUUUACGAAUAUUUCAGAGGAACUUCUCGUUAGCUUUGUGGAACGUUCCACCUUCGAGCAUGGAAAAUCAAGCAAGUGGUCCCAAAGUUUUCUCCCUUCUGUUCCUUUUUUGCUUUCGAUACCCUCAAUGAUUACGGUGACUGAAAGGCUUAACAAUUAUCCUGACUCCACUCUGCUGAGUGAGUAGUCAGGGCUGUCUCAAUAUGGCUGGCACAGCCAUUCUGCAUAAUCUUUAAAAAAAAAACUCCAAGGAGAAGAGGCACCUUCAACGAAAAAAUAUACGUACACACCUUUGGAAACGUGACUUUUAUAUUGCGUGUAGAUGAGAAGCAUUACCUGUUCGUCACAUGACGUAGAAGAAAAAAAGUAACUCGACCCUGACAGUAUACUCAACGCACCGACUUCUCUAUUUCUUCAUUCGUUUCCAUUCUGGGCUGCGAGGCUUUCAGUCGAAGGCGCAUCCAGAAUGCUGGGAAAUAGAUGAGUUGAAGCAGAGGCCCCUGCAGCGGUUGUCGCGGUCACAUACAGAACUGGCGAGUGUGGCCAGUAGACGCUGCUGCGCUGUGUAGUACGCGACAUAUUUUGUAAAGUGGAGAAACACUACCUCCGACUAUCACAUAGAGAGAGAUAUUUUGUACACUCUUCUUCAACCUUUUAGACAAAUGGACAACGAGUCGAAACACAUUAUACAUUUUCUACUCUGUGAGUGAUUUGUACGACGCCUUACUUGAGUAGACGUCCAAACUCUCCUGACAAGGAUGUAUCAGUGAAACUUGCCAUGACGGUUUGGUCAGAGCAUUCGUGGAAGAAUGACCCAGUCACUGAGAAGAUUCUCGGGUCAUCGCGGGUUUGUAAUGACGACGCAAGCCCGUGAAGCCAAAUUUCACUUGAUACGUGAAGACAAACCAUUGGUAUGCCGUGAAAACGAGGCUUUAUCAUUCCAGACCCCACAUAGGAGUGGUUUGUCACCGAAAACUUUUUGUCUGUCUCGCAAGUCCGUAGGAUGCUGCGGCACCAUGUGUCACCUGGCACUCUGGCACUCUCGGGCGUUCCAGUCUGUUUACAUAUGUAUCACUCACACCUGGCCAUCGGUGUCACGAGCAUGGGAAGCACUUUACAGCCCAGAACGGCCGCAGACGUGCCCUUAAAAGCCGGCGCACGUGCCCCAGCAUCCUACACAGGACUGUCAGAAGAUGAAGAGGAGAGGAAACUCUCAGAUGUCUGAAUGAAGUCCACGAUGAGUUAUUUAUUUACCUGUUCAAAAUAGUAGUGAUGGUGUGAACCACUAGAAUCACCAGAUAUUUUUCUUACACUUUUGGCAAAUUUUCUUUCGAUAUCAGAAGCAAAUACUACAUCCAUAUUCUUCGGACUUCGUAGGAAUGCGACUGACGCAGUUGUAGACUCCACUGAACCGAUGAACUGAAGUCAAACCAUUUAAAUGAUGUAACUGAUUAUGGACUGUGAUUUUUUCCAAAUAGAAGAAAAAAAAGCAAGCUACAGAAAGCCCGCAUCAAUUUUAUAAAACAGUUAAUGGUUAGAAAUGCACAUCUCAUUAAGAAAUGCAACCCACAAUACCAAACUGAAAUCACUUUAACAAAAUUGUAAUAAUACAUUUUAGAAUGAAGCAUUAAACUUGGUUAUUUGCAAACGCACUUCUAAAGGUAUAAAAUUCACUUAUUGGUUAGAAAUGAACAUCAGUGAGAAAUACAACAACAAACCAGGUACUACUACAGAGUCAAUUAUGUUCUCUGGAGGAGAACAAUUAGAUCUUGCCUUUGUCAUCAAACUCCUCCAUGAAAUGCAUUUGGUCUUGAUCUCAAGAUUGCUAGAUACAAUUGUUUCACCCUAGAUGAAUAUAGCAAAUGAUGAAGGCUUUUGAUGACUGUCAGUCAUUUAAAAUGAACACUUAGAAACUUAGAAAUAUAAUAGUGCAACAAGGUGAAUACAGAAUGGCAAAUUCAGUAUAUAAUGAAAAUCAGUGACAGAUAUUCCCCUUUCAAAUAUCUGACAAAAUUAAAUACUUGAUAAACUUUAGCAGUAUCACUUGAGACAAGUCACAUCUGUAUGUGAGAUGCAUAGGAAAUAAGAAUAGAUUUAACAUAGACGUUAAUCUGUCGUGAUCUAGGCACUUUUGAUUAAGUUUCAUGACAAAACUGCCUCAUUGAAGAUUGGGACCAGUUCAGGCUAAGUCGUGGCUGUGUUGAGGAAAAGCUUUCACGAAACUACUUCCUUUUCCAACCCAGUGUUGCGCGAUGCAGCGGUUGUUCUCUUCUCGUAGAUUUCUGUGGGAUUUCGGUUCCAUUCUCGUCUUUCGUCGGAACGCGUGUCAAUGCUGUAUAUAGCGGUAUACAUUUACAGAAAGGUGUGUGUAUGUGACCACAAGGAGCAGGCAGAGUUAAGAUAUACGUUGGAGGACCUGACAUCCAUUGCAAGGAUUCCGAAGUGAGUGCUAAUAAAGCUUAGCGAGAUGCCAGUUACCAAUUUCCGUACAUUAAAGCAAAAUUGUCACGUCUGCUCUUAAAUUAUGCUUGCAUAUUGUCGAGAUACAAGCCCGGUGCAACGUGAAUGGCUGCACGUUGUACAAGGCGAUACAUAUUCACGAGUUGAUUCGUCUGUGUUGGAGAAUUGGCUGUGGUAAACAGGAGGCAUCCAGAGACGCAAGCUUUCCUAUUCUCUUCUUCGUGAGGUGGACGCGAUGCCAGGUCACCGUGAGAUGGUCUCGCUGCGUUAAAAAAAUAUAGGAUGAUGAACACGGUCUCUGUAGAGAUAAGAGGAAGAAAUUUCUUAGUCGGAGUGUUUAUGAAUAAGAUAUUGUUUGACCAUUCGUCCACAGGAGUGGUACCUCCUCCGUCGGUCCUCCGAAGGGAGGUGGUCGAUCCUGUGAGGCAAUGCACAGAAAUGCAGUCUUCCAUCAAAUAUUUGGAGAACUUUUUUCGUUUCACGAGGAAUUCAAGGCGUCUGUUCUCGAGUGAGGAACAUUUUGAUAUGUUUUCCAGAAUUUUUCGAGCGAGUGCAAGCGUGCUUGUGGGUGUGAAUGCAUUUUUUUGUGUCUGAACAAGCUUGCAUGUUUGAAGAGUUUUAAGAAUAGGAAUAUGUUUACGAUGUGUGUAACUUGCAUGUGUGUACAUUUGUGCGAGAUUAUGAGAUGUAAGUAUAUUUGUUGUAGUUAAGACGAACUAUAGUGUAGCGGGCCCUAGAUAUCAACUUUUAAGAGACAAAAGUGUAUUCGGUAAUCAAAAAGGAGUUUCAAUUUUUUUUUUCUGAUGUAACUUUUAAGUAUCCAAUGGCUUGAACUGGAUCUUGGUAGAAAAUAAACUUCUUUGAUGAGCAGACAAUAUUCAAAUCAAGUUUGCAUGAUUGCCAAAAUAAUGUAAAAUUAAAACUUGUUUUAUUUAUUCAUGAUUAUACCAGUACUGAAAUCAGUCAUUGUAAAAAUUAACUGUCCAUUUAUAGAAAAUCGCUUGACAUAUUAUAAAAAGUAUAUAUUAUCUCUUAAAGUAAAUUUACGUUAAGGUAUUCAGAUUAUGAAAUAUAUACUAUA